AUGGAUCAGUACCUAUUGUGGGAGAGAUUAGUGACUAUUGUUUUAAUUUUCUUCACCAGUAGAUUUCCCAUAGCAGCAGCAACUGCUAAUAGAUUAUAUCCAGCAUUGUUUGCAUUUGGAGACUCAAUCCUUGAUACCGGAAAUAACAACUUCCUUCAAACAGCCACUAAAUGCAAUUUUCCACCUUAUGGAAAAAAUUUCCCAGGAGAAACACCUACAGGAAGAUUCGGUGAUGGAAAAGUUCUCUCAGAUUUUAUAGCGGAAGCUCUGGGGAUCAAAGAAACAUUGCCAGCAUUUCUGUCCCGAAACAUAAGCAAUGAAGAACUUCACACUGGGGUAUGUUUUGCUUCAGGUGGCUCUGGGAAUGACGAUCUCACAGCUAAGGCCCAGGGAGUUUUACCACUAUCCGCCCAAUUGGAAAUGUUCCAAAACUACAAGACAAAAUUGACUGCGCUUGUUGGAGCAAAAAGAGCGUCUAACAUUACUUCCAAUGGCUUGUACCUCUUAUCAUCAGGCAACAAUGACAUUGCCCUUACCUAUUCUCUUGUAGCAAGUAGAAUAAAGUUCUUCCCUAACUAUGCAGAUACCUUAGUUGUGUCGGCUUCAAAUUUCCUCAAGAAUCUAUAUCAUCAACAUGGAGCGCGACAUGUUUGGGUUCUAAGCACACUGCCCUUGGGAUGCUUGCCCGGACUUAGAACUCUAUUUGGUGGGCCUUCAAGGCAGUGUUCUGAGAUUAUUAAUGGAGAAGCAAAGAUAUUCAAUGACAAGUUAGCAAAAGAGGUUUCUUCUUUGAAAACCAGCCUUCCCAAUUUCGACGUUAGGUUCAUUGAUGUCUAUACUCCUCUGCUUGACCUCAUUGAGAAUCCUUCAAAUGCAGGGUUUAAAAACGUAGCAAACGGGUGUUGUGGGAGUGGGACACUUGAAGUUGCAGUGCUAUGUAACUCACUGUGUGUGUUAUGUCCAAAUGCUUCAACAUACGUUUUCUGGGAUGCUGGUCAUCCGACUCAAAGAGCUUAUCAGCUUAUGGUCUCUUCUAUAUUGCCAACAAAGAAUAUUUGA